UUUUUUAUAAAAAAAAUACUAGUAAUAGUCAGUCAUUAGUGUGGAGUUAGUUAAGUGGUUGAGUUUAUUAAGUUUAGAUUUUUUUUCUUUGAAUUAAUUAAUUAAUUCAAAAAAUAAAAUAAUUCAAUUAUGGGAAAACAAUUUCUAUUAUAUAAUAGUUAUUGUUUAAUAAUAUCUAUACUAACUAUAAAAUUGAUUGUCUGUUUGCCGCAAACAAUCAAUCAAAGUGCCAAAAACAUCGCCGGAAAUAACAAAAAUAAUCUCAAUAUAAAUGGCGGCGGAUUUGGGCCGGGAGGUGUAGUCAAUCAAGAUGCUGAUAAUGUCAAAGGUAAUAGCGAAAAUAAUCUUAAUAUAGGUGGUGGUAGUGGCGGUGGUGGUGGUAGUGGUGGUGGUAGUGGUGGUGGUAAUGGUGGUGGUGGUGGAUUUGGAUUUGGAUUUGGAUCUGGUGGUGGUGGUGGUAAUGGUGGUGGUGGUAAUGGUGGUGGUGGUAAUGGUGGUGGUGGUAAUGGUGGUGGUGGUGGAUUUGGAUUUGGAUCUGGUGGUGGUGGUAAUGGCGCUCCUGGCGCUCCUGGCGCUCCUGGCGCUCCUGGCGCUCCUGGUGCUCCUGGAGCUCCGGGUGCUCCUGGUGCUCCUGGUGCUCAUGGAAAUGGUGGAGGUGCUUUUGGUUAUGGUGAUCAAAAUGCUGUCAAUAUUGGCGGUCAUAACAAUCAAGUAUCUGGUGGUGGCGCUCCAGCAACUGUUAAUGGUCCUAUUACUUCUAUUGGUGAUGGUAAUAGUGCUAGCUAUGCUCUUAAUGGUGGUCAUGGUGUUGUUGGUGGUGGUGGUGGUUAUGGUGUUGCUGGUGGUGGUCAUACUGUUGGUGUUGUUGGACAUACUGUUGGUGUUGUUGGUUACGUACCAGUUGCACAACCUGUGGCGGUUGGCGGAAAUGCCGGAUAUUGGCAUGGCGGACAUUGGCAUGGCGGUUAUGGUGGUGGCUAUAGUUAUGGUAGUGGAUGGGGUGGUAAGCGUUGGGGUAGGCAUGGCUAGAUGGUUAUAUAGCAAAAAAUUAUAAAAACAAUAAUAACUUUUUUUUCUUCAAAAAAUUUAUAUUAUCAAUACUUUAAAAUAUUAUUAUAUAAAAUUAU